GACAGAGAAGCCUGUUAGAAUUAUUAUUUUUUCCCCCCUCCUUGGAGGGCGUCUCACUGCUGGGAGUGCACGAGGGGAGGGCUGUUGGGCACGGGACAGCCCCUCUGCGUUCCCUCCCCCUGCCCCGUUCAUGAAAACCAGCUGCAGGGAGCUCCUGGCCCCAACUGGAAAGCAGUUAUUUGAAUGGAGGACUGAGGAGACUCUCUACAGCGGCUGCCAGUAUGAGAUCCUGCUGUCUGCUUCUCAGUGCCCUCUUGGCUCUACUCCUCGUGCCCUGGACCAGCCUUGGAGUGUCGUACUAUGGGAACAGUUUCUGCCGCAUCCACGCCGUUCAAGAUGUCUCCUCGUUCCAGCUGUCCCUGCAGUUUAAGACCAGCCAACGCAGUGGGCUGCUCCUACUGGCUGGAGGGAACAGGGACUACCUGGCCGUAGAGCUCAAAGAAGGCCGACUGCGGGUGCGAAUGGACAUAGGCUUUGGCGUCAUGGCGCUGUUUUCACCGGUUGGGCUACGACUGAACAACUUGGUAGAACACACGGUGAAGGUCACCCUGCAGAGAUCCAGCCUGGAUAUGGCAAUCAACAACUUAUACAAUGACUCUCUAAGCCUCCCCUUAAUAGCUCAGGAAAGCCUUAACAUUGACUAUGGAGUCUUUUUGGGGGGUGCAGGUAGCAUACGGGCAGUUUACUUGGAUGAAACCAUCCCACCUCUACGAGGCUGCAUAAGCAAUGUGGUCUUCAAGUCCCACAACUUUGACAUCUUGAAGUCAGAGCCAACAGAGUGUGAGGAGACCAAGGAAAUGUGUUCAAGUGAGUUUGAUGCCGAGAGUGGAGAGGCAAUCAGUUUUAUAAGCCCUGAUUCGUUCAUAUCAUUUCCAACAUGGACGCUGGCUGACUCCCGGAUACUGGAGUUCCUCAUGAAGACCACCAUCGAGGAUGCACUUUUAAUUUUCCACUCUGGCCAUCAAGAUGACUUUAUCGCACUUGGUUUGGUGACUGGCUAUCUCAAAGGUCUUGUCGACCGUGGUAGUGGGAUGAUUGUGCUGAAUAACACCAGAAUGCGAUUAGAUGAUGAUCAGUGGCAUCGUAUACAGGUUGAGAUUAACCAGAACAGGUUUACUAUGACUGUGGACAGUCAUUCUACUACAGCUUCACUAAGUGGUCCUGAGAUUCUGGACCUGACUGAAAACCUGUACGUUGGGGGUGUACCAGCGAAGAUGAAGGAAGUGUUUAGAAACACUGGAUUGUUCCCUCGCAUGGAAGAAGAGAUCACGUCAGAGUCCUUUAUCGGAUGUUUGGGGGAAAUAAAAACAAACCAUAGAGAAAGAACCUUACAAGAUGCCUUAGUGACCAAAGACAUUCAUGUUAAAUGUGAAGGAGAUUACGAUUACUCAAGUUCUUAUGAAGAGACAGUUACAACAGCUUCUCCCAUUAGAAUCGUACACUCUGAUUUUGUCCCCAAUGAAAGGCACUGUUACCCAGAUGAAAACACGCCAGAGAUUUUUCGUAAUAUUACAAAGCUCCUUGACGUUACUCCUCUGCUAGUCCCUCAGAGUGGAGAGGCUUUUCUUGACAUUCGCAAUCUCCAGCCUACUUUUGAUUUGAAUAAAGCUGGUGUCAGACAGUCUCAGAUUAUCUUCACUCUUCAAAAUGAUCCUUGGUAUGGAAUAGUGGAUAUGAACAUCAACAGUAAAAGAGCCAAAAAGUUUACUCUUCUUGAUGUGGUCAAUAAGAAAAUAAAGUAUAUGCAUGACAGCGAUGAAAAAUAUGGAGAUUACAUACAGUUGGAAGUUUUUAUAUACUCUUCUGUUAAUCUACCAGAGUGCUUAAAAACUUCCAGAAAGUACGUCCUUCCAGUUAAAUUCAAACCUGUCAGUGACAUACCCCAACUAAGUGAUGAAGUAAUCGCCGUUGCAAAGUAUGGGCGUACCCGUUUGAGUCCUAACCUAAUAAAAAUUAUGGAUUCUGAUAUCCAAUGCGAAGAGUUAUUUGUCACCAUUACAUCCAAGAAACCCAUGGAAGAGGGUUAUUUGGAAAAUGCAGAGGAUCCUGGGAGGAGCGUCAGUCAGUUCACAUGCAGACAUCUCAAAGAUGGGGAAAUUUACUAUGUUCACAAAGGCGGAAAUGUACAUCAGAUCGAUAUGCAGAUAUCAAAUGGACAUUCUACUGGUCCAGUUACUACCUUGAACUUAGAAGUAACACAACCCAGUCUGACCUUAGUCACAAAUACUGGCCUCUUACUGUCUCAGGGGGCUGCUUCUCCCAUUGGCAUUCAGCAACUAUCAGUGUCAGCCAUACCGAGAUAUGGAGAUAUUCUGUAUAAUGUAACCCAUCCCUUGAAGCUGGGGAAACUGGAAGUGUUAACAAGCCAUAAUGCAAUGAAGCAGGUGACAUCAUUCCGGCAGGCUGAUUUGGAGCAAGGUGUAUUAAGAUACAUGAGUACCAAGACAGAAGAUCAAGGGGAGAUAGCUGUGGAACGCAUUCAAUUUGAUGCCCACCUUGGAAAAUUUAUUCUGCCAAACAACACAUUUUUAGUUAAGAUUACGCCAUCACAAAUAAGGAUGGCAAAAAUUGUUCCACUAGAGAUAAAACAGGGACAUACAAGGGUAAUAAAACACACAGAACUCGAAGCUGUAAUGAAAGGGAAGAACACAAAGCCAGAGUCUAUGAGAUAUUUCAUUUUAAAGGCCCCGACCAUGGGAACUCUACAAAUUCACAACAAAGACCUGACUCAGGGGAGCAAUUUCACUCAGCAAGAUCUCAGAAAUGGUUAUUUGAAUUUCAAAGUAAGGGUCCACAGAGCUGUGGAUGUGGAGGAUCAGUUUCAAUUCCAAGUUUUUGCAGAAGAACAACAUUCUCCAGUGUACACCUACCCAAUAAAGAUCCUGGCUGACCCAGAUGUUCCAGUCUUAACUAACAAAGAGCUUAGAGUGAUGGAGGGUGGGGAGGGAAUUCUUAAUGAUGCCAUUCUAUGGGUUCAGGCUCAAAACUCAACUGAUUUUGUGUACAGGAUCACAGAAGAUCCCAAGCAUGGCCGUAUCAUCAGAGAGUCUCCUCUUGGGCAAAUUAGAUUUGAAGGAGCUAUUAGGGUGUUUAGCAAUGAGGACCUGCAUUUUAAUAGACUGACAUACAAGCAUGAUGGAUCUGAGAGCAGUGAGGAUCAAUUUACUUUUGCUGUUUUCAAACAAGCAAAGAGAGGCACAACUACUGAACCCGAGGAGAAAGACGUCUUGAAGGGCGUUGUCAAAAUAAUGAUAUUAUCUGUAAAUGACCAUGAGCCCUAUCGGGUGGUGGACAAGACCUUCAACGUGGUGCGAAACACACAGCGUUUGCUGACUACGGACGACAUCCAGUUCCAAGAUGAUGACUCAGACUUCAAAGAAUCCCAGCUUCUGUAUAUGCGUGCAGGAAUCCUCUCUGGGCACAUUGUAUCAGCCGAGGACAGCUCCCAGUCCCUCUUCCGCUUCACUCAGGCUGACCUUAGGGACAAGAAGGUCCUUUUUGUGCACCAUGGUGCAGACCGUGAACAGUUCCAGCUGCAAGUGUCUGAUGGUCGUCACACUAUCACCGCCCUGCUUCAGCUUCAGGCCGGCGAACCUUAUCUCCAUGUGGUGAAUAACUCUAUGGCUGUUAUCAACCAUGGUAGCACCAAGACCAUCAAUACAAGUCUGCUGAGUGUUGAGUCCAACAUGGAUAUCAGAGACCCCAGCGAGAUUGUAUAUGAGAUAACAUCACCCCCAGGUGAUGGAAGCGUUAUCGUCAGUGGAAUAGAAGCUUCUGUCUUCACUCAGGAAGACCUGAGAAAAGGUGUUGUGUCAUACCAGCAUGAUGAACAGAGCUUGAGGUCCAAGGACUCUUUUGCUUUUCGUGUCAAGUCUAAAGGCUUGUCUGAGAAUGGUACAUUCAGGAUAAAAAUAUUUAAGCAGGGUUACUUGUCAGAGCCUAAGGUUAUAACUAACGAGAUAAUCUUAUGUUACAUGGGGGAGCACACUAAAAUAAGCCAAGAUCAUCUAAAGGUGGAGCAGGCAGACAUCUUACCCUCAGAGAUGGUGUUCACCAUCAAGGAGCCUCCACAGCUUGGUCACGUGGUCAUGCCGAUACAAAACCCAGAGAGCACAGUGUCGCCCAACAUGGACUACAUUCACUCCUUCUCUCAGGAAGACCUGAACCAAAACAGGGUCUACUAUAUCUCCUCGCUGGAGCUGGGCCGAGACAGUUUCAGUGUGGAUGUCAGCAAUGGCUUCACCACCUUGGACUCCCUGAGGGUUUACGUGGAUAUCGUCCCACACGAAAUUCCAGUGCAGGUGGUGGACCUCGUAGUCAAGGAAGGAGGCAGCACAUCUCUAAAUGACGCUUUAAAUAUCUCACAUCCCUUGUAUAGCUCCUACCACGUUGACUUCAUUGUAGAACAGAACCCACGACACGGAAACAUCCAGUUGUCUGACAACUUUGAUGAUUUGAGUGCCUUCACCUGGGAUGAGGUGAGGAAUGGCCAAGUCUACUACGUACACGACGGCAGCGAGACCACCAGCGACAGAUUCACCCUGCUGGCAUACAUAUCCGAGAUCAGCAGGCAGAGUCAGCCGAUCGACGUAAAUGUCACAAUCUCUCCUGUCAACGAUGAACCACCCAGAUUGAUUCGCAACACAGGCCUGGAGCUGCUUCCAGGGGAAGAAGCAGAAAUCACAGCCAACAUGUUGUACUCUGAAGAUAAGGACACCCCCCCGGAGGAGCUGGUCUAUUCCAUUGAAGGUUCCUCCAGUGGGAGAGUGGCCCUGAAGGCCUCGCUGGAGGAGGACAUCCGCAACUUCACGCAGGCCCAAAUUAAUAACAGCGAGGUGGUCUUUAUCCACACAGGGUCCCAGUCGGGAUGGUUUGGUUUCACGGUGACCGACCUAGAGCACACUUCACCCCUGUACCAUUUCAUUGUGAAGACCAGGCAGCUCACCAUCUCCAUGGAAACAGAGGGGGAGCUCUUGGUCUAUCCAGGAACAAGACAGCCAAUCACGAACGACAUCCUGAAAGCCGUAACCAAUGAGGACGGAGACGAGAUCACCUACACUGUUAUAGGAGGGCCUAACCUGGGGAGGCUUAUCUCCAGUAACGACAGAAACCAGUUUGAGGAGAUCUCCAGUUUCACCCAGUCCGAGCUGGAGUCUGGCUCUGUCUUCUAUGAGCAUCAGAUGCCCAGCCAGCCCUUCUGGGAGGUGCAGGAUGCCAUUCGUCUCCUACUGUCUUCACACCCAGCCCCAGACCUGGAACACACCUUCUUUGUCACGGUGUCCUACGACAUGGAGACGCACGGCAAUGCCUCACAGCUCUGGAGGAACACAGGUCUCAGGAUCCUACAAGGUCACAAAGAUGUCAUUGACACUUCCAAGUUAGAUGCCUCCAAUCUGCUGGCCAGUGCCCCAGAGUCUCGGAGGAACUCUUUGGAUGUUGUGUUUGAGGUGAAAGAGUUCCCCAUCCAUGGGACACUCAUCUUGAGUGGUCAGGACCUGACACGAGAGGCCCCGUACUUUUUACAGGAAGAUCUGGAAAGCAGGGAGCUGGAGUACUUUCAGCAGGAGGCCGAGGCCUCCUCCGACAGCUUCUCCUUCCGCGUACGGCUCAACCCCCAUGGGCGAGGUUUGCAGGCCCAGACAGAGUCGUUCAUAGAGGAGGCGUUCAACAUUUCCAUCAAACAACAGAAACUUACCCCACCAAAACUGGACCUGAUGCUGGAGGUUGUGCAGGGCUCUUUUGCAGUCCUCACUGACAAAUACCUCAGUAUCACUGAUGAAGAGAAGUCACCCGAGGAGAUUGUCUUCACUGUUACCAAAGGCCCCAGCAAUGGCCACCUAAUGAACGCAGACACCAGAAAAGAUAUCAAAGUCUUCACCCAAAAGGACAUCAAUGAAAGGAGGGUGAUAUUUGUUAGCGAUGGCACUCUGGCCAAUGGAUUUAUGGAGUUCACAGCUUUCGAUGGCAGGUACAAAAUAGAGGGGCUUUCCCUACACAUUGGCAUCCUGGCACGGACCCUGAAGCUCGCCAAAGCUGAGGAGGUCCAGGUGAAGCAGGGGGAUGAUGAAACUCCGAUCACAGAAUCCAUUUUGAAAGCAAGCACAGGUGGGCCGAACGAGGAGGACGUUAUUUACAAGAUCACAAACAAUCCCAAAUACGCUGCUGUAAUGGUGGACCGGCAGCCUACCUCAGCUUUCACACAAAAGCAGAUCAAAGAAGGGCGGGUGAGCGUCCGCUUUGUCAAAUCCACAUCCCCAAGGGACAGUGUGGCACUCGUAGCCAGGAGCAAAGCGGCUAAUGUCUCCACUGUUCUAAAUAUAACCGCAAAGCCUUUAGUGAAACUCCCCGACAACCCAGUCCUGCCACGAGGCAAAACCAUCUUAGUUAACCCCAGCAUUCUAGAUGCCUCAGCACUGGCAAACAAAACCAAGAAUAUUCCAAAUUUCAAGAUUAUCCAGCAGCCACACGGAGCCAGGUUUGUUUGGAUCGAUGGGGAACAAAGACAGGAAAUAAACAACUUCUCCCAGAAAGAUUUGGAGGAGGGACACGUGGGCCUGGAGAUCCUGAAUGACACUAGAGCAGGAGACCAGGUUCGCGGCAACCAGGCCCGGUUUCUCCUCGCAGCACACGGUGUGCCACCUGCAGAAGGAGCAAUGGCCUUCAGGACAGCUCCCUACAAUGCUUCAGCGGCCUACAAAGCCAUCCUUCUCAAAGACACUGCCAAAAAGGACACUACUGGGACUGUUCCAUCGAGUCCAGAGCAGAGAGGAGAUGGGGUGUCAGCAAGGAACAAUCUUUGGGCCAUCCUCAUUCCCAUUCUGAUUGUCCUUCUGCUUCUCGUUCUCGCAGCCAUGCUGGCCUACUACCUGGUGAGGCGGAACAAGACCGGCAAGCACAAUGUCCAGACGGUCUCUUCCAAGCCCAAAAACGGCGAGGCUAACCCAGAAACGUUCCGAAAAACAGACCCAGCCAACAACAUUCCCAUGUCCAAUGUGGACUCCAAAGAGCCUGACCCAGAACUAUUACAGCACUGUCGGACAACAAACCCAGCUCUGAAAAAGAAUCAGUAUUGGGUAUGAGAAUUUCCAACACGUCACACAGAGAAACACUGAAUCUCUGCCAUUUUCAUACCUUUUAAAGCAUCUUGGAAUCAUUCCUUACAGUGUUACAGAUGUCUGACUAUAUCAAUCUAUCGUGUAACUAUGCCAAGAAGAUCUUUUAUAAUAAUAUUUGGUGCUUCUCCAGGCCUGUCUUGUGCACCAGUCCUCAGGUUAUAAAUCAUUGUUGAUGUAUUAGUCUAAAAAAGUCAUUUUUUAAAAUACAAAAAAGGCGGCCACAGUUUGCAAACAUGUGUUACACGAUUACUAGACCUCUCCAAGAUUUAAUAUAGACAGAAAUGUAACAUGUUUAUAAAAGAAAAUAAUAAUGCAGCAAAGUGGAACAUUCUGAAAGCUUUUUAGAUUUUGUUUUUAACUGUCAGCUAUACCCAAGUUCAACAAACAAAUGGAGUAUUUUUGUGUGCUAAGAAUUUACUAUUUUUAAUGGGGAAAGGGCUAGCGUGUACAUAGUAAAUGACUUUGCAUUUACUCCUCAAAAUAUGUAUGCUCUGAGGAAAAAAAACUGACAAACUACACCUUUGAGUAGUUUUUGUUUAUUUUUCUAUAAAUGUAUUUUUUAUUUGCUUUUGGGGGUCUUGGUUGUGGGGCCCACCGACUAUACGCUACAGGUGAGUCCUGGACACCUGAAACACAUCGUAGAUUCACUGGACAGGCUGACGGCACUGAAAUCCUCUCAGCAGAGUGUGUCUGUGUGAUCGCAGGCAGGAAAUGACUCAGAGGCAACUGUGGUUGGAUCCUACCAAGUCACUGGCUAUGAGUGAUGUCAUUCAUAGCCAUAAUCCCUGUAAUCAAGUUGCCACAAGGGUCUUACUAAGCUCUUGCUUUCUCUGUUUUUUCAAAUAUUUCGAGAUGGUUGCUGUAGUAGUGUGAAUUCAGGUCAUGCCAUCUCAGGCAAAGGACUUGGCGUUCUGUGACAUGUUUUAACAAUUUGCCAACACAGAGCUCUGUCAAGGUUUCUUUGCCAUCUUUAUUUAGUCUUUUGUGCACUAAGAAAUAAGCAAUGAGAAAGACGGGAAAAUGAAGGAGGAACAGAGCUUAUGUGUUUAAGAAUAUAAUACUGAGUAUUAAUCUUUCAUAAAUUUUAGUGGAUUUUCUGUCAUUCUAAGGUAAGACAUUUUUGCUGUAGAGUUAAUGAGUGUAUUGUCCUUAGUGAAGUUUUUGAGUAUGAAAUCAUUCUGUUAUUAGAUUCUUUGUUAAGUGUUUUGGAGCAAAAUGUGGGGAAAAGUGAUGUAUAAGUUUUAAUUGAAUUGAAUUGAAUUGAAUUGAAUUGAAUUGAAUUGAAUUGAAAAAAAGAUUUAGCUGGCAAAUAUUAGAGAGUCAUUACAGUUGGGUAGCUCUACGCAGUGCUGAACAUGCUGGCCACAGAAUGGUAGUAGGAAUUUCUCAGUUUUAUCAUGGCAGAGAUCUGCUGCAGACCUGAGUUUUGAAAGAUCAGUGUCACUCCAAUCUCCACAUUACUGUUCAAGGUUGUAAUUUGUACGAGGGAUCAGGGAGUCCUGACUUUUGGCUGAAGGAAAUCGUCAUCUUAAAAGAUAUUAACCUGUUUCGGGUGUGUGGAAUUAAGUACCAUAUUCUUAAGUGACUGAUGGAGAAAGGAGAAGGGCUGUUGUAUAAAAGCGAUAAGCCUCCACUGACCUGUCAAUGGUUUUCAGUCCUUCACGUUAACAGUGUGCUUUGGUGUAGAAAACGUCGCUGGGUUAUAUUGGCUGUCUUUGAUAGUUAAGUCAUUUUGGCUAUGCUCUACUGUGAGGAAUCUGUGUUUGCUUUUUUUGUGGUUACUUCAAUGCCGUACUAUUUAAAAUAUUUAAAAAGAAAGUAUUCCUGUAUGUUUCUGUAAUAAAUAAUUGCAUCAGUUAUGGCUAGAAAGGUGCAUAGUUUGUAUUUGUGUAGUUUAUUUUACAGAUCAAGAAAUACAUUUAAAUAGACUUUAAUUAAUAAUGCAAAUUCUGGUUCAUUCUCAUCAAUGAAAAAGGAAAGCUCAUAAUAUGGAUAACAUGAGGGUAGUGAAGAUUUCUUUCAGCAUCAGUUCAUAAAACUGUUUUUUUGUAAAAUAUUUUUACAAGUAAGUCUCUCAAGUCAAUAUUUGAAAAAACUAUUUUUUUAAUGAUUCAACAACGCCUUAGAAAAAUAGUAGUUUUCAUUGUAAAUAGUGUUGAAUGAAAGUCCAAAUGACAAAUACAAUUACAUGCAUGUAAAAUUCUCAUAAUGAUGGAUGACAACUAAUGAGGGAAACAGGUCAUGACCCAGCUGGUGGAGAAAAGGACUGAGAGGACCAACAGUUGGCAGUGUCAGUGAGCUAUUUUUCCUGACUAGGUCUAGUUUAUGAAUGAUUGUCUGAGAGUCAGCCAGCCUCAAGUAGGAGGUGGAUGUGUAGUUCAAUCAUUUAGGAUGCCAUGGUCAGAACCUUGUUGGUUCGAAUCCCAUGGUCAGCAGUAAAAUUUUGACGUUGGGCCCUUGGGCAAAACCCUUAGCUCUAAUUGCUCCAGGGACUGUGUGACCCUGCUUUCUCAAUUGUAUAUCGCUUUGUAUAAAGGCUAAAUUAAUAAAAGAUGAGAAAAAGGGGAUUAAAUCGAUUCACAGAUAACCAGGUCAAAUUCAGAAGAGCCCAGGUGAAUCUAAUGAGGUUUCAGUGAGACUGAAGAUACAUGCAACUCCAGAAUAAGGCAUAGAAAGGCUAAGGGGAUUGUAUCAUGCAAUGACUCCGCAAGCAUUUAUACGUUACAGUUAUUACUACAGAAGUGAAAAUAGGGAGUUUGUGUGAAUCCCGGGCAUAAGUACCUAGGCUACUCUAUAAAUCAGGAGUUAUGUGUAACAAUACUCUGUUACCUUCUGUGGCCUCAGUCAUUGCUAUUAUGUGAUAGCCAGCAUCUAGUGCUAAAAAUUAUAGAGGUAUAUCUUCAAAAUUUACGCAUGCAAGCCUGCUUUAGACUUUCAAGGCAAUAAAGAGUAUUUAUAUACUAUAUUUGACAGUAUAGGAAGAAGAAUACAGGCCUGAAAUUCAUACAUUUUAGUACUAGUAAGAUCCCUUGCAGUUGAAUCCUGUACCAGUUGAAGACAUUCAGGGAAGCGUUUCACGGGCAGAUAACAGAGCAUUGCAAUAACAUAGUGUCAAGGUAAUUAAUACAUACACCAUUCACUUUCUGCAUCAUUUUAGGUUUCUGAUAUUCAUUUCAUUCUGUAGAUGAAAGAGUAACAGUCAGUGUUUCCUCUUCAGUCGUAACUCCGAGGUCUUUUGUUCAGAUGUCGGCAUCGACCAGCCGCAGUGAGAAGGUAUGUCCGAAUAACUCAACAGGCAGUAACAGCAUUUCUGUCUUAUCAGAGUUCAGCAAGGAGGAGUUUCUUCUAUUCUGUCCCAGUAUAAAUGGUGAGCAAUGCGCUUAAUGGCACCUGGUCUAGAAGCUUGAGGACAAGAAGGUUCGUAGAAAGUGCUGAGAGGUUCUAUUUCUGUGUCAUGUGCCAAGCAUGUUCUGUUGAUCAAGAAAGAUCCUGGAGAGCACAGCUCUGCAGAACUGUCCGUAAAAAAGGAUGGAGUGAGAGGGGCCUGCAGUUUGCUAGAUCAAAUGGAUCCAGCAGAAGUGCACAGCAGUUAGUGUGUCACCUCAUUCACAGACCCUAGCUGAGAGCUAACUGAGGUAUCUCAGUAAAUGACUUCCUGUAUGUCCUCCGACUCCCUGAAAGCUACCACAUGUUGUAAAGUUAAGAGAUUUUACUCUCAUUUGCCGUCAUCCUGGUGUUACUCUUCUGUGAUGGUCAGAUCAGCUGCAGCUCAGCACUGCCCCGAUUAGCAUUACCCUGGGCUUGUAUAUUCAACAUGCACCUCCCCUCCUUUAAACUUCAAAUGCCUCUGCAUACCGCAUUAAAAGUCUUUUUCAAUUUUUAAUUACCUGCUUCAUCCCAGAUACAGAUUACUACACUCCUUUACAAAGUUCUCUGAAGGUGGAAACAUUGUUCCUUCCAGUCACUGGUAACGUAUUCACAAUUAGUCAUAUUUUUGUUCAGUUUUUCAUUACUGUUGCUGCAUGGGGGGCAGAUUAAGACAUAGACUAUCCUAGGCUAUAUCUUAGGGCCCUGGCAAACAUCAGAGCUCCUCCCUGCCUCAGAAAAAAUGGAACGGUUAGUUAAAUUGGUAACACAUGAGCGUUCAUGCGGAUGUCAGCCUUGGGCCCCCAGAUAAAUUAAUCUGACCAAUAUGGAAAUUGUUUGUUUUGUUUGUUUUUUUUUGGCAUUUGGAUCAUGUAACUUAUCUGAUUGCUUGGAAAAACAAAACCAUGUAUAGAGGCGCAGUUAUACAAAGAAAUAAAGAAACAAAUUGACACUAUGAA